CCUUCUGUCUGCUCUCUCAAAAACAUGGCGUCUCUCAUGGUUCGCAGACGUGAAUUAUUCUCUUUGGCAAGGAUAUUGAGUGGUGUCUCAUAUUUGGGACCGGCAAGUUUGAGUGUCUGUUCGGGUCACAGGAAAUGUAAUAUAACCCGGCUUCACCUCCCUCUGACUCCCAGCACUUCUUUCCACACGACAGUUUUAACGUCAGCAGCACAAUCGGCAAUCACAGUCACAGAGGAGCAGGACACACUGUUCCAGAAACUGGUGGUUUUGGUUAAAGGUCAUGACAGAGCUGUGUUGGACAGCUAUGAGUUCUUUGCCAGCAUGGCAGCUAAAGAACUGGGCAUCAGUCUUGGAAAAGUUUUUGAACCUCCGAAGGACAUUGAGAGGUUAACACUCCUGAAGUCAAUACACAUUUUCAAAAAACACAGGGUCCAGUAUGAGAUGAGAACUCACUACCGGUGCAUCGAGCUGCAUCAUAUAACAGGCUGUACAGCACAAGUAUACCUUGAAUACAUUCAGAGGAAUCUUCCGGAAGGUGUAGCCAUGGAGGUGACAAAGACUGCAAUGGAGAAGGUUCCUGAUCACAUCCUUGAACCGAUGUGGAAGGAAAUUCCCACAGACGACAAGCCCAGCCAGUAAAUCCAGCACCUGUGACUAACAGAUGCAUAUUAAAUGUGUUUUCCUGUGAUUAUGUUUUUGUUUUGUUUUUUUUAAAGCAUGUUGUCUUUUCUGUUGCAAAGCUAUGUGAAAUAAACUGAAUAUGCAUAUAACUCAUUCUUUGUAGUUCAGGUUGUAGUUUAUCUGGGAUUAUGUUUCAAAUAAGUCAAAAGUUUUUGUUUGCUUGUUUUGUUUGAUGAGCUGCAGUGAUAUCGGGAUGAACUGUUACUGUAUGUAUACGUGCAGAUACAAGACCAGCACACACGAGACCUUUGCUUUGUACAUUUAUUGAUUAAAACAGUACACAUCAAAUCACAAAACAGCGUAUACAGCGUAGUCAUUCUGAUGAUUGGCACCUCAUUUUAUUUUACGUGUAUUCAUCGUAUGGUUACCUUCAAAAGGACAAAGUGGAGGUGUUUAAUCGUUUCUUUAUGCUGUAGAGGAGUUAAGUGUUAACUAAUUCAAGUUCACUGAAAGGAUCUUUUUUGCUUGCUAGUUUUGUUGGCCUUUUCAUUUUGAAAUCUAUCCUGUCUGUUAAAACCUGGCCACACGCGCCACACAGGAAUCUCAAUCAUUUAGCAACCAUUCAAGUAGGUUCAGACAGGCUUUAUCAAAUCCUAGAUGAAUUUCAGCUAAUCGAACUAUUGCAUCUAUACCUUCCUGAAACCAUUUUUGUAUGCUGUUUAAAAAAAAAAGAAAAAAAAAAAAAAAGAAAAAAAAAAGAAGAAGUCUAAAUACUUAAGUAUGAUUGCCAGUAGCUUAUACUGCUUCUAAUGGCUCUAAUCACUGAAUGUUUCUUGAAAUAUAGUCCCUUAAAUGUAAACAGUGGACGAUAAUGACUUAAGAAAAUGAUGCAACAGUGGUGAGAAAGUCCUGUAAAUCUGUAAAUGUAGCGUCCUCCAGCUGGAGAGACAGACAACCACUGGUUCAGUUUACACAGCAACAGUGCUUAAAGUUUUUUGGACCACCACAGCUGUCCUAAAUUAACAGUGUUGAUAGUUACCAAAAUCUCUAUGUUUCUCUACUGGAUAAUCAUCCAAAUCAUAUUUUAAAUGCUGAACUAUAAUUUGUUUAAUUAAAUUAUUUAAUUUAAUUUCUGACUUCUUAUAAGUCCUGUGUGAAAAUGUGGCUGAAAUUUGGGUAUAAAAACAUGAACACUGUUAUAUAAAUAAUAUAAUUUUUAGUUUGAAAUAAGUUUUUGACAAAUUUCUAAUACAUUUGUAUUUUGUUUUUAAUGAUAGGUGGUCUGAUAAAUUUAUUAUCUGUUGUAGCUAAAUUACCAAGAAGCUAAAUUAAAGUGCUGUGUGCAGAUAAAAAAAUAGAUCUUUAAUUCUACCACUUUAAAAUUUGUUAUAAUAUAAACCACUGAUAAAUUCUAUAAAUUAUAUUCCAACUAUAAAUGAACUAAAAUGGCUUUUUGUUGGUCAAAAAGAUAAAAAGUCUGACAGCCUUCCUCUGUGACCCAGCAGGGUAAAAAAUGUUAUGCUGAACACUGAAGAGUGUAAAAUGUCUCUUGGUCUCCUGAACCAAAGCACGGUUAAUCUGUGGGUCGUUUCAUCGCUUCUCAGUACAUAGUGUAACCUGUGAUAUCAGCACGAAUGUUACCGUUACAGCUAACAGGGGCUUCAUGUAUCCAAUAAGGUGUGGAAGUGAGCUAGAAAGCACCAUCCACAUUAGCCUGGAAGUAGUUAAAUGAAACAUCUUGAUUUCUUGAGUAGAAGACUACACGCUAUAUAUCAAGCAUGCCAUUUUCCCCAUCACGGUACAGAUGCACCUCCAAACCCACAAAUCCUCUAAAAUCUCACCAAUCCCCAGUAUGACUCUGAAGUUGCUCCACCUUGAGGUCCUGAAAGAGAGAAUCUCCUUGUUUUGGAGAGGAAGGGGUUUAGGGAUUAAGACACAAGAGGAGGCUCACCUUUUCAAGUGACGUGCCGAACCUCAGGUGUCACACCGCUGGUGAAGGAGGGGAGAGAUGUGAGGGAGGGCCUGGGUUCCUUGGGGCCCGGGAG